UAAAAUCCAUGCUCCAUUGACUUUAAUGUUAUGAGUGAUCGAGCAGCCCUGUCCCAAGAUGGCCGCCAUGUGGCGACGUCGCUCCCCAUAGGCUGACAGCGCUCAUGAGCCAUCUAGUGUUUGUAUAUAUCUAUGAUCGAUGCAGACUCGCUAUUUAAGGGCUGAACAGUCCACUCCCCCUCCACACUACGCGGUUUGGGACGGCCCUUAAUAUGGAGGACCCUCCGCGGGAACGCGCAAACGGAGGGGUAGUGUGUAGGGGGCGGUUUGGGAUUCAGCCGUAGUCAGUGUUUCUGCCGGAACUUCACAGUGUGACACCCGGCGGAUGUAAACAAAGAAGCAUGAGCAGAGUUAGCUUCACUGCUGUAUUAUAGUAUGAAUGAGAAAUAUCAGAGCGAGAAAGUAACGAUGCGUUCAGUUGAGUAUCUGAGAGAGUUGAUCAGCGACAGACUAGCUGCUGCUGCUGGAGAAAUAUUCACAGAGUUUGAAAAAACCAUCGUCCAGUACCAGGAGGAGAUCGAUCGUCAGCGCAGACUGCUGGAUGUCAUCUGGAAACCACACAUCCCCUUACAGCCCAUAGGAUGUCUGGAGCUUCUAUGAGUGGCUUCAUUGUGGCACAAUAUUCCUUCAGAAAAUGAACUUCCCUGUCAUUAAGAGAUUUUAGCUGCAACUUUUCAGAAAUGGAACUCAAGUCAGUCACAGAGCUCCCACAGUCUUAUGUCUGUGAAAAUGAGAAGACUGUUGUUGACCAUCAGCCCCAUGACCAGGAGAGAAACUCCAUGGUGGACCAUGAGGACCCAGAGCCUCUACGGAUUAAAGAUCAGCAGGAGGAACUCUGCACCAGUCUGGACCAAUCAAACAAAGAGAUUUCUCAAAUUAAAAUGGAACAGGAAGAAUCGUGCACCAGUCUGGACCAAUCAAACCCAGAGAUUUCUCAAAUUAAAAUAGAACAGGAAGAAUCGUGCACCAGUCUGGACCAAUUAAACCCAGGGUUACCACAAAUUAAAGUGGAACAGGAUGAACUCUGCUCCAGUCAGGAGGAAGAGUUAAUUGGAUUGAAACAGGAGACUGAUACCUUUGAGGUGAUUCCUGCUGAUGAGGAAAGUGACCACAGUGAACCAAAACCAAACAGUGAUCAGCUCCUGUUUCACAUCUCUUGUGUAGCUGAGAGCCCAGAUCAGGAAGGAUGCAAGGAUGUAGACUCAGCAUCAACUAGAUGUAUGGAGCAGAAACCAAGACAUCAGAGUAACAGCAGUCACAGUAAUGAUGUCGACAAUGCUCCAUUGUCAGAGAGACAGUGUGAUAAUGACAAGGCAAGAAAAUCUGCAACAUGCGAGGUCUGUGGAAAAGCUUUUAGUUAUAAAUCAAAAUUAAUCAAACAUCACAGAACCCACACAGGUGAGAAGCCAUAUUCUUGUGGAACCUGUGAAAAAAGCUUUGGUCGACGGACCCAUUUGACUGCCCACAUGAGAUGUCACACAGGUGAGAAGCCGUAUUCUUGUGAAACCUGUGGGAAAAGCUUCAGACAACAGACCCAUUUGACUGCCCACAUGACAUGUCACACAGGUGAGAAGCCGUAUGUUUGUAACACUUGUGGAAAAAGAUUUUCUGGUUCAUCAGCACAUCAUAAGCACAUGGCAGUUCACAAAAUGGGAAAGCCAUAUUCUUGUGGCACAUGUGGUAAAAGCUUCAGUCAACGGACCUCUUUGACUGACCACAUGAGACGUCACACAGAUGAGAAGCCGUUUUCUUGUGGAACCUGUGGAAAAAGCUUCAGUCAGCGUUCCCAUUUGACUGACCACGUGAGAUGUCACACAGGUGAGAAGCCAUAUUCUUGUGGAACCUGUGGAAAAAGCUUUAGUCGACGGAACAAUUUGACUGCCCACAUGAGACUUCACACAGGUGAGAAACCGUAUGUUUGUAACACUUGUGGAAAAAGAUUUUCUGAUUCAUCAGCACAUAAUAAGCACAUGGCAGUUCACAAAAUGGAAAAGCCAUAUUCUUGUGGCACAUGUGGAAAAAGCUUCAGACACCGGCGCUCUUUGACUGUCCACUUAAGAUGUCACACAGGUGAGAAGCCAUAUUCUUGUGGAACCUGUGGAAAAAGCUUCAGUCAACGGGGCACUUUGACUUACCACAUGAGACGUCAUACAGGUGAGAAGCCAUAUUCUUGUGGAACCUGUGGAAAAAGCUUCAUUCAACGGACCAAUUUGACUGAUCACAUGAGACAUCACACAGGUGAGAAGCCAUAUUCUUGUGGAACCUGUGGAAAAAGCUUCAUUCAACGGACCAAUUUGACUGAUCACAUGAGAUGUCACACAGGUGAGAAGCCAUAUUCUUGUGGAACCUGUGGAAAAAGCUUCAACCGUAGUUAUCGAUUAAAAGCCCACAUGAGAAUCCACACAGCUGAGAAGUCGUGAUCCUGAAACAUCUGUGGAAGCAUAAUGUCAGAACUAAGCUUGAAACAACAUGGAAGAAAUGGUACAGGUUAAAAGUAGAUGUUUUAGAUUUAAAGCACCUUUAGUCUGUGCUUCAACAACAAUUGUGAGGAAGUAUGUAAGCAAUCCUUGAUGAUCAGACCAGAUGGAGUCUGGACUGUGGUGGUGGUGGAGCAGGCAGAAGAACCAAACUGAAUGUCUGGAUGGAUAUGGUAUUGGUACAGACUGCUUCAUUUCUGCUAUCAUGACAUCCUUCAUCAGCAGAGCAGUGAUUGGAGAUAUUGUGAAGCUGUUUGGAACAUUUUCACAUCCUGCUGAGAGAACAUGGCUGUUCAGGUGUGAACAUACUGCUGGAAUCCACUCAGCUUGAGUUCUGCCGUCUUCCAAGUAAAAUGAGGAAACGAGAUACAGAGACAUUGUGACAGUAGGACACAACAGAGUGUGUCACUGCAGCAGAGGAGAUCUGGACAUGAAAUAAAGUUGUAAUAAAACA